UCUAAAGUCUAAAUCUCAAAAGCUGAGUGGACAACCACUCUGCCAUCUGCCCCUCAACCUGGUAACUGCUGCUGCUAUAACAAUCCCAAGUAAAGAACAUGAAGGAACUGCUGCUAUGGGUCUCUGCCCUUGCCAUUCUUUCAGAAGCCUUUGCUCAGACAGACCUCAGUGGGAAGGUGUUUGUGUUCCCUAGAGAAUCUUCUAGUGAUCAUGUGAAGUUGAUCCCAAAGCUUAAGAAACCUCUACAGAACUUCACGUUGUGUUUUCGAGCCUAUAGUGACCUCUACCGUGCCUAUAGCCUCUUCUCCUACAGCAUCCAGGACAAUGAUAAUGAGCUACUAAUUUUAAAAGAAGAAGUUGGAAAGUAUAUUCUGCACAUUGGAAGAACAAAAGUUACCUUCAAAGUUAUGGAUAAUUUCCUCUCUCCAGUACACAUAUGUACCAGCUGGGAGUCCUCCACAGGCAUUGCAGAAUUUUGGUUCAAUGGGAAGCCAAUGGUGAGAAAGGGCCUGGGGCAGGGUUAUUCUGUGGGAGUUCAACCCAAGAUUGUCCUGGGACAGGAACAGGAUUCCUAUGGAGGAGAGUUUGAUAAGAGGCAGUCCUUUGUGGGAGAGAUUUGGGAUUUGUAUAUGUGGGACUCUGUGCUAUCUGCAAAAAAUAUGAUGCUUGUAUAUCAGGGUUAUGAUCUCAAUCCCAAUAUCCUGGACUGGCGGGAUCUGAACUAUGAGGUACAGGGAUAUGUAGCCAUCAAGCCACUAGUGUGGGGCCUAAGUCUUGAGUCAGCAGAGCACUUGGAAAUCAAAUGACCAACAGCUAAGAGAUCUGCUAAAGGCAACUACAACUAGGUUGUCCUGUAGCUCUUUCGUCUUUGAAUUUCCUUUUGACAUGUGCACCUAAUUAAAAAAAAAUCUGUUAUAUCAUGCCUCCUGCAUUUCUUUAGAAGCCAAUGCCAUUCACAGUACUUGUCAUCGUCCCAAACAUUUUUUAUUAUAUCUACUUAUGUAGAAAUUGGUACUUCAUUUUCCAGAAAAAUCAGGUUGCAAAACAUGGGAAGGGAAAUAUUUUAGUAACUAAAAAUAUAUAUUACAGAGCCAGAGCACUCAGUGAGUAGAACAGAGGUGAUACUUACAAACUACUAAUAAUCAUUUUAUGAACAAUUUAAAAUAUGUUUAGAAUUGCAGCAUACACACUGCUUUUUGAUUUUCCAGCUACAAAUCAAUGAAAAGAGGUCUGAAGUUAUGCCAGGGAGACAAUUAAAAUGGGAUAUGUGAGCAACAGUUGAGAACCUGAUAGGAAGUAAUGAGAUAAGAAAUAAAACUAGAAAAAAUAGUAUGAACACUAAAAAGAUAUAAGCAUUUGGAAUCAUUUUGUAUAAAGGAAAACAUGAUUUUUUUCCUCAAAAAUCCCUGUAAUACCAUACAAUGCUUGAUUUCCAUAUUGUUCUAAAGCAAUGAAGAAUACUGCUUACAUGAAUUCUCAGUUUAAAAUCCUUCUAUGGAUCCCCACCUCACAUAGGAUAUAAUUUAAAAUCUUUAAUGGCAUUACCUUCCAUAAACUGGUCCCUGAUUACUUUUCACAUACAACUAUUAGCAGAGCAACUGGCAUCCUAAUUAGGAUAUUAAAUAUAAAUCUCAUAUGUUAUUCUUAGCCACUUUCAUUAUUAUAAAAUCCAUGGAAUGGGGCAUAGUUUCUGGCAUGUCCUCAACAGAUAUAAAGUGCCUUCUCAGAGAAGCAAAGACUCAAAUGGAAUUUGACUGUGUAUGAGAAAUAAGGCAGGCUCUGUUAACAAAUAAUGGGACAGGAGGUCAAGGGAAAUCAGGAAGAGAACAUCCAAAAGAGUUUCAGAAUGAUAACCAAGUGAUCACUACCAGUUCACCCAGGAAGAAUAAAAAGGCAAACAGUGUGGUGGACCCUGUCCUGUGGAGUCCUCUGAUUCUCUGUGGAUUAAAUAAUGAGUCAUUACAGACACCAAGUGCUGUCAGGAAAAGGGGAAGGUGAUUCCCUCUAGUGGAGAAUGCCCAAGCCCCUGUACUCAAUGGCUUUUAUUGAGAGGGUUACAGGUUGCGGGGUAGGCAGCAGGAAUGUAUAGGUAAUCUAUCUACAGCAGCAGCUUAAAUUUACAGAGAAUAGAUACUGUUUAAAGAUGACAAUGGCAGGAACACACCAAACUGCUUCGGGACAGAGUGAAGCAGACAUUUUGUGCCAGGUGGGUUCUGAGUCAGGGUCUAGGGGUUUUGUAAAUUUCUUUCCCAGUUUUGAGCUGGUUAUUUGGUAUAAGAUUAACAGAGCUUGAGGGAGAAACAAAGCUUGCUUCAAGGAAUGUAAUUUACUUCUAAGUCUGAUUUUCCCCAGGGGGCCUUUGGAGUCACUAUCAGGUCUUGCCUGCCCCCAGCAUUACCAGCAUUCCCUCCAAGGCUUAUGGGUCCUUUCCCAGGCCCCAGCUUGUAUGAGGCUACAGUUCCUGAUGCCACUCAAGGUGGCCCCCUCCAGGACAACAGAUACAAGAAUCUAAAUAAUAGAAUCUGGAAACUUUCUAAUGGAGCAGUGUGGUCAGGGCAGAGAAAAGCAGAUAAAACCUGGAAGAUCUGCUGAGGUAUUUAAAUGGAGUUACAGAGGCUUUAUAAGAAUGUUUCAAUAUGUCCCUGGUGGGUAGAAACCACUCAGAACAUCAAGGUAGUUAGAUAGGGACUUUAGCAACAUAGGAAAUUAGUUUCCAAUCACCAUGACUUAAGGCUUGUUUAGGGUUCCCUAAUGUUAACCUUCUUUCUAUAUAUUUGUUCUGUGACAACUAGAAAGACCAGUCUCUACUUACAUAGCACAUUAUUUCCACAAAGAACAUAUUGACACAUUGUUUGUACUAACACUGUUAAUGCUCAGCAGUAGACUAUCUUAGCUUAAGAGCCUCCUCUUCCAAGGGACUUAAAACAAGUUUUAAGAAUUAAACCAAGUCUACUCUCAAGUGGCAUCACCCACUCAUUCAAUUAUUUAUGGAGUA